AUGGAGGCCCGAAUCAAGCACAUGGACUGGCCGUCCCAAAUAGGAGACGACGAAUGGAAAGAAGUUUCCGAGGGACUCCCGUCCAAAGAGGAGCCAUUCAUUUGGAAGUACGUCUCCGGACGCGAAGCACUUAUCGCACAGGAGAAGAAGCAGAGAAGUGAUUACGCCUUCCGUCAGUCCCUCUCGCCGCUCGCCACACGAGCCUGCGAAAUCGUAUCCCGCAUCCGCGACGAAGAGCAGCGUACGAUAUGGACGGGCGAAUAUGAGGAUUUCCUUGCGCGCGAGGCGGGCGCACAUGUGUAUCCAGGCAUGAUGUUUGGCCUUGCCAAGGAGCGUAUGGAGAAGACGAAAUUGUGGAAGAUUGUUAGGAAUAUGCCAAAGGGCGCGCUGCUCCAUGCCCAUAUGGAUGCUAUGGUGGAUUUUGAUUAUCUUUUUGACGUGUUGUUGGAGACCAAGGGGAUGCAUAUAUAUUGUGAUCAGCCGCUGGCGACAAAGGAGGCGAGGGAUGGGGCAUGGGUAAAAUUUCGGUUUCAAAAAAAGGACCAUGUUGAGGGGAACUCGAUAUGGAGCCCUGAGUAUGAGCCAUCUGCGCCUAUCCUCCUUACCAAAGCAGCGGACGCUUUCCCCAACGGCGGCAGGCCUGGAUUCAUAUCCUGGUUGAAAAGUCGUUGUACUAUCACAUGCACGGAAUCAUGUGAACAUCACCAUGGUGUCGAUGCGGUUUGGAGGAAGUUUAGCUCUUGCUUUGGUAUUUUGAACACAAUUGUCUUCUAUGAGCCCAUCUUCAGGCUCUUUAUGAGGAGGAUGAUGGUUCUUUUGCUGGCCGAUGGGGUUAAGUGGGUUGAUUUAAGACUCGCCUUUGCAUUCCGGUAUUAUAGAGAGGGGAGCGAGGAACCUGAUAAAACGUUUGACGGGCUGUUUAAGGUGUUCGGGGAGGAGAUUGAGAAAUUCAAGGCUUCAGAAGAAGGCAAGGCUUUCUGGGGUGCAAGAAUGAUCUGGACAGGUCUUCGCGCGAUGGAUACAAGAAAGAUCGUUGAAGAUAUGGAUGCAUGCAUUGGGAUCAAGCUGGCUUACCCUCACCUGAUCUCCGGGUAUGACUUGGUUGGACAAGAAGAUGCUGGUAGACCUCUCAAAGAUCUUCUUCCGGAACUCUUCUGGUUUAAGAAACAGUGUGCUCAGGAAGGGAUUGAUAUACCAUUCUUUUUCCACGCCGGAGAGUGUCUUGGUGAUGGGAAUGAUACAGACCAGAAUCUGUUUGACGCCGUCCUUUUAGGAACUCGGAGGAUCGGCCACGGCUAUUCGAUUUACAAACACCCACUCCUUAUUGACAUGGUGAAGGAGAAGAAAAUCCUUGUGGAAAGUUGUCCAAUCUCCAAUGAAAUUCUUCGGCUGUGUAACUCAGUUCUGUCGCACCCACUUCCAGCACUACUCGCUCGCGGAGUGGCGUGUGCAUUGUGCAACGACGAUCCAGCCAUCCUUGGCCAAGAUACCGCUGGCAUGACCCACGAUUUCUGGCAAGCUCUCCAGGGUUGGGACAAUCUUGGCCUUGCUGGACUUGGGUCGCUGGCGGAAAACAGCGUCCGAUGGGCAGCCUUCGAAGACCAGACUAAUGCUCAGUGGUUGCAGGGCAUUAGGGAUGCCACAUUGGGAACUGGGGUUAGGGCUGAACGGAUGAUGCAGUGGUCCGUUGAGUGGGAACAGUUUUGUUUGUGGAUUGUGACGGAGUUUGACGAUGAUGCCGAAGUCUCGGACGAGGGCGUGGCUAUAUAG